AUGCGAUCACUUUUCUGUGUGCCGUUUUCGAUAUUCGUCGUCUCACUCACUGCUAAAGCUUCAUCCUCCUCUCUUCUCCCCAACAAUUUAAGCUCCGCAGCAAUACUGCCGCUUAACCAAACUUAUGGACCAUCUAGUAAUGCAACGUCAAGCAAUAGCAACAAAACACUCGGAGCUACCUUCAAUCUCGAGCAUGAGCCACGCAUCCAUCAUAUUCAUGACCCUAUUCCGCCAUCGUUGAGAUCUAGGCAAAGAUUUCCAGUCGGUAAUUUAGGUCAUGCUAUAUUUUGCAACAUCCUGACUGUGUGGCGUUCGCCCCACACAACAGAGCAGGCUUUCAGCGAUCCCGAUUUCAAGGAAAUUGGCACCUGGUUUGCGCUGGAACCUUACGCUCGAGCAGCCGGGUGGGAUAUGACGUUACUUGGUUGGGCUUGUAUUUGGUUUUUGCGAGGCUCUAUUGACGGUGCCCAAGAAAAGGUUAGAUACUGGAUAAUGCCAGACACAAAGCUACUAGACCUACGGGCGUUCGUACUCGCCGAAUUUGAGAUGCGUAACUUCGCAAGUCUAGAGGAAGAAAGCAGCAGCUCAGGGCCUGGGGACGGAUUCGUCAGCAGUCUUCUCAACACAACAACAAGCGCCUUCACAUCUCGCCAUAUUCAUAGACAGGCAGCACGGAGGGGAUUGCAGGAAAACCAGACUCUAAACUCGGAGGUUGAAGGGCUCAUUAUACAGUGCGACACGCAGUGGCUAGGUGACACACCCGUAUACCCAGCAUCAUUAGUCGAACUCGUCUACGAAUUCCUGCUACAAUUGGUAUUGCUCAAUGAGCCCGAAGAUAAAAUCAUCACCAAACUGUCACGAGGACAAAGAUAUGACAUUGGACCCAACCGCUACGGAGCCAGGCUGAUCGUAGUUUUUGAUCUCGUUAUAGUCGGGGAUCUUGAGUUAGAUUGGUGGGCCAUUGCCACCUCCAUGCUUAUACUGUUGAAACAACCGAUCGCGGCGAAUCGAUAUAAUGCGUUUGCGGGGAAAAUGUUUGUGCAAGUGGAGGGUUCGAAGGGAAGACUUCCGUCGUAUCUUAGCGCGUGGUUCCUUGGCCGUGAACAGCCCGAUCCACCUGAUGUUCCUCCACGAUCUUGA